GGCCUCGACUGGCUGGUGGCGGAAGCCCAGCCGGGGGACGCGCUGCUGCUCCACUACUCGGGACACGGGGGCCGAGAGCCAGCAGAGGAGGGCGGCUACCAUGAGACCCUGGUGCCCCUGGACUUCGAAACCGCCGGGAUGCUGCGGGACACCGAGCUCUUUGAGCGGCUGGUGAAGCGCUUGCCGGAAGGCUGCCGGCUGACCUGCAUCCUGGACAGCUGCCACAGCGCCGGGGCCUUGAAUCUGCCUUACAUCUUCGUGGGCACCGAGGACUGA